AUGAUUGAAGACAAUGAAUCUGAGUGCUUCUUUUAACUGAAACCAUCUAAAAAGAUCAAAAAGACCAGAGGCAACACUCUUAGAAUUUAAAAGCAUUAUGAUACUUUGAAUCAGAUGUAGAUAGCUGCUGCAGAUUAAGAAUAAAUUAUACUAAGUUUAAUUAACAAGCGACCUUCAUGUAUGCUUUUAGAAAUAUUAUAAUAGUCUAUUAAAAGAAUAAAUUCAUUCUAUAAUGGAAAGAUAACAUAUUUUUAUAAGAGUCUUUAAAUUAUGUUAAUUUGAUUAAAAGUGAAUCAGAUACUUUUGAAGAUAGUGAAAGUUUUUUAAAAUAGAAUCUAAAUGAAUCUUUCAUAGAAAACUAUCUAUGCUGA